GCCCUACCUGGGAGGCCUACAUUACCACUUCAUCCACCAGGCUCAAGCCGCGAGUUGCCGCUUCAUCUGUCAUUCUGACUAGUAGCCAGUCGCACUGGUUAGUCAUGGAGGCACCCUUGGCGAUCCAAGUUGUCGUGGAGGCCUACGUCUCGAGCGUCGCCCCUAGUGCGUCUGCCUUCGGUUUCUUGACCCUGAUACCGUGGAGCUCGCAGGACCAGCCAGCCAACGUGCUGGCCCCCGAGGCAGGCGAUGGAGAGAUGAGCCGGGGCAGCAUCGCCCAGAUGGUGGAGCAGCACGAGGCCGUGGUAAUCCCGUCCGUGUACAAGACGCAGAAGGAGCAGGGGGGGCUGACGCGUCUCUUGGGCUAUCUGAGGGCCGCGCACCCUGACGCGUUCGUUUUUCUGGUGCAGUUGCCAGAUCGGUUCGGUACCGAGCUAACCAAGGACUGCCUCCGUGAACUGAUGGUGCGGCAUGAUGCGCUCUACAGGUUUGAGACGAGCGGCGUGCUGAUAGAGCUGGAGGGUGACCCGCAGGGCUUGCAGCAGAAGGUACGUCUGCAGCUUAUGGAGAACACCGUGGUCCAGCAACGCGUCGACAGCUUCUUGAGAACGGAAGGACUCUCUUCCAGCGAGUGCCAGACCAUCGAGGAGGAGCACGAUUGUCUCCUGUGGGAGACCAUCCCGAAGUUGCUGAUGCCCGGUUUCCCUGCUCUAGACGGGGGCUUGUUGGAACGGGGGGGCCAGAUCGGGGAGUUCCAGCUGGUGCAACAGUACGCAAGUCAUGAGCACAUUUGCUUGGCGGUUAGCGGGCAGCACGAGGAUGUCUUGGUCAAGAUGUGCAACAAGCGUAGCGUCACCGUUGCCGAGGAGGUGGAGAGCAUAUACCAGGAAUUCUGCCUCUUGAAGCACACCCUCGACCACCCAAACAUCAUCCGUUGCUUAGCAAUGUUGCACAGCCAGUCCCAUGUGUACCUGGUGUUCCAGUACGGCGGCGACGCAUGCAUGGAGCAGGUGCUGUCGAUUCAUCCAGGCUGCCGCUUGUCCAGGGACGAUGCCCUGGACUGCACCAUCCAGGUCGCGAGUGCUCUGUCUCAUUGCCACGCCAAUGAUGUCACUCACGGUCAGGUGUCGCCGAGGCACGUGUCGGUAGAGAUGGCGAAUCAUCGGCUGGUCUGCCGCCUGGUGGACUUCAGCACGGCAGCCCGCAUUCCAGACGGCCACACGCGGCAGGGCCUGUGCGGCUCUCUCCCAUGUGCCGCUCCGGAGACAGCGCUGGAGGAGCCGUACUGGCCCAAGCCAGCAGACUGCUGGAGCCUGGGCGUGGUGCUCCUUGAGGCCGCUGGCGGGCAGGGCACGCUCGAGCUGUCGGUGCGGUGGCGCCGCGGUGCAUCGCUCGCGCAGGCCGUGCCGGAGAUACUCGAGUUCUUCGCCCAAGCCGGCUCCCACGCCCAGGCGAUGGCGAGAAUGGGCGGCGUGCACGACGAUGCGUCGCUGGCGUGCCUGGAGGCCCUGCUGAGGCCGGAGCCCCUCCGCAGGGCGAGCGCCCCCGACGCGUUGGAGCUGUUGUCAGCCAGGCGCGUGUAACUAGGCUUCUGUUCUGGUCGGACGAGUGGGGGGGAGGAACCUAUCUCAGUUGGCCUUCCUCCAAGCAAGGGGGAACAAUCCAGACAUGCGUCGGCCGCGUUUCUGCGGGUGAUGCGCGCACGCCUGUCGGCGCGCGCGGGGGCCUUGGGGCGCGGGAGGCGCCUGGGGCCCAGGUGCGCGGCCAGCACUUGGUCCUGAUGGUCCUGGGUGCGUUCGGCGCCCCCUCUGAAACUCCGUGUCAAUCUUGCUUUGCCAGGCGCGCGAAUGACCUGCCGCACCGCCUAAGCUCAGCCCAGUUUUAAUUCCUGUCUACUUCAACUCCCCCCCUCCUCACUUGCUCCCGCUCCCGCCUGCCCGUGAAGCAAUCCAUGCACGACGGUCGCAUCAUCGGCCAGGUGCUGGAGGCAUGGUCCAAGAUGUUCCCCCCGAGUUCUAGAUUGACACGGCGUUCGGGCCGAUCGGGAGCAGCGUAGUUCUCUUUCUCUCUCCCUCUCUCUCUCUCUUCCCUCGUGUAUCUUCCUUCUCUCGAUCCUUCUCGUUACGCUGUGGCGGAGUCAACGGCUCCACAUGUCAUGACAAUCCUGUGGCGUUCUUCAUCACCUUUGGAUGCAGUGGCAACCUCCACUUGCAGUGGCACCGAUCAGAGUCAGCUCCGAUCCCCUCUUAUUUCCCAAUUCGACGUUGACUGAUCGUGGCCAGCCAACUUGCAGCCACGUCAGUCACCCCCCGAGGGGAAGAAGUGGGUUCGCAGAUCCAGCUCACUGGACCGCCCUCUCCUAGUGGGCUGGUGGGAUCUCUCUCGCAAAUGGCCAGGCGCGCGAAUGACCUGCCGCACCGCCUAAGCUCAGCCCAGUUUUAAUUCCUGCCUACUUCAACUCUGCCCUACAACGCAUACUUGGACGGAGUCGGAAUCUUUUUUUCGCCUGGAAGGUGAGCUACCUUCGCUUGUCCUCAGCGCUUCUACUCUCUGAUACAUGCGCGUUCGCUCGCAAAGGUUCUCCGAACCUGAUGCGCGUAUCUUGGGACGUUGGAGGGUCUGUUGCCCCAGUUUGUGCAAAGCGUGUUGAGUCAAUGACUCCACAGGUCAUUGAAUCCUGUGACGUUGAGCAUCACCUUUUUUUAAGACUUUCAAUGUGUCUCCCCCCGAGGGGGAGAAGUGGGUUCGAAUACAGAUCGAGCUCACUGGACCGCUCACUCCUAGGGGGCUCGUGGGAUCUCUCUCGCAAAUGGGCAGUGCAGUUGCUCAUGCUCCCUCUCGAUGCCGAUCGCUACGCUGGAGGCAAGCCGCGCCUUUGGCUCUCAAGUGCGAGCAGCUCGCAGUGUGUGAGCAGCUCGGAGCUUCGAUGUCUAUUUCUCUCUCUCUCUCUCGCUCUCUUUUUCUUCUCUCUCUCUCUCUCUGUCUCGUCUUCGCUUUAACUCUCUCUCUCUCUCUCGUUCGUUCUCUUUCUCUCUCGCUCUCUCUCUCUCUCUCUCUCCUCGUACAUGUUCGCUCUCUCUCUCUCUCUCUGUCCUCUCUUUACGCUGUGGCGGAGAUUUUCGUGUCUGCCCUGAUUGUUUGGUGCAAGCAGUCGCGUGGCAAUUUCUGCUGCGUCUUGCGUGCUACUAUUGUGGCAGUGAGGGCGUCGAGCUCAAAGUCCAGUAGUCUGGAGCUUUUGGCGACAGUGAUUUUCAAGCGCACUCCCAUGCUGGUGGGCGCAGCGCCGUGUCCGUGGUGUGCAUGCACAGAGGCUGGUAGGAGCCGCUGUAUUCCCUCUCCCUGCAGCGCCGCUUCCCGAACCCGAAUCAAUUUUAAAAGGGUGUUCGCGACGGCCCAACAAAAAAAACGUCGUGCGUGCGAGUUGGCAGUCCCGCGCCGCACUGAACACCGGCAG